GCAGUAAUUACAACCAAUGACGAGCAUGUCUUGGAAAUAUCUUACACCUGGAUCUCUUGCCACCAGUGGAAUAUACUCACAGGCAGAUCUUGACAAGAUCAGAGAUCAUAUAAUGUUUCCUGCCGAGAAACCAGCUUUACUCAAUACCAUGGCUCGAGGGAUCACUGGCCACGUCAUACCUGACGACACCAUGUCCAUAUACAAUUUACUGGACGAGGCAUCGCUCAACAAAAUUGCAGAGUCUACUGCACAUCGAAUCUGGGGUGGAUUUAUCACCUUUGGAUCAGCCACCGCUGGAGUGUUUGGCAUAUUAUUGGUAGUACGCUUGGUCAAGUUAACCGUUGACACCAUGAUUCACGGUUACGCUCUUCACUCUGCCUACGGAUGCAGCCUUUAUGUGUUAGGAGCUAUAUGGAGCUCCCUAACCCACUUGUUACUCUACCUGGCCAGAAGCACGCCAAACGCAAUCAUGCUGAUGGACGGGAAGAUCCUGAAGAACGACGAUCAUCAGGACACAUGGAACCAGUUUCAUUACAACCUUCAAGUCCACUGGACGAAUCCAGUAAUCAAGCAACCGCACCGCAGGUAACUACUAUCGAAAGCAUUGUAUACAAGGACUUACAAAAACGGUUGCAUGAAACUUAGAACCAUUUCCUACGAACCCAUCGGAAAUGUUCUUAAAUAAGGGGGGGAUGUGACAUCCUGCGAUGUCCAAUAACAUUAAAAAUUGUAUUUUUUGCUUAUUCAACACAUUUAUGAAUUAAUCGCUAGAAUUACGGUAUAAACUACCAAUAUAUUGGUAAUAUUAUAACUUACCAUUGACACUUAUCGUCAACCAAAGUACAUCAUAAGUUGUUACCGACAAUGUAUAACCAUAUAAGACAGGUUACCGGCAAACGCAUAUUCACUACUUAACCAAUUACCGACCUUUGAUAGGUACCAACUAUUAUAUCGAACAUAUUAUUAUUUUAUUUUAUUAAUGUUGCUAAUCAAUAGUUAAGAGGGAAAAAGGAAAAAUCCAAAAAACACAUAAACAAGUAAAACCAAUACAAUAUACUAAAUUUAGAAUUAUAGUUAUUACCUAAGUUACGUAGUGCCUUUUAUGAACGGGAAGAGAUACUUAUAUAUAUAUAAAAGAAUGAAAAAACCAUAAAAACAUUGCAUAAAAACGGAAAUCCACUAAAAAGCCAUUAUAAUAAGUUUUAAUACUGUAAUUGUAGUAAUUCUUGGAUAUUUCAUAACGUUAGCUGUUAGACAUACUAUAUACAUAUAAAUAAUUUAGGGCGUCCUUAUAACUAUAUAUUUUAUGUACACUGUUACAUUAAGGAGAUC